AUGGCAUCAAAGAGAUUACAACGUUGGGCUUUGUUUUUGUCAGAAUUUGAUUAUGAAUUAAAGUACGUUCAAGGAAAAAAUAAUUGUGCAGCGGAUGGGUUGUCCCGUUUACCAUUAGAAGUAAAAAGAGAAGAAAAUGAUAAUGAGUACAGUUAUAAAAAUUUUGUGGAAGGAAUGAUUCCUUUAGAUUUAUUAAAAAUUAAAAUAGAGACAAGGAAAGAUAGAAUAUUAAGUAAAGUUUAUAGUUGGAUUGAAGAAGGGUGGCCAGAAAAAAAUAAGUUGAGAAUAUUUUUAUUAAAAGAGACACAUAACACACAUGCAGGCAUUGCAAAAAUAAAAGCGAUUACUAGAUCUUAUUUUUGGUGGCCUAGACUUGACAAAGAAAUAGAAAGUUAUGUAAAAAGUUGUGAAGUCUGUGUAUCAUGUCAAUCUAGUCCAGUAGUAGAUAGGCAAGCUAAGUGGGCAGAAGCCGUUGGUCCUUUAGAACAAGUACAUUUAGAUUUUUUGUAUUUAAAUAACAAAAAUUAUUUAGUAUGGAUUGAUGCGUUUACAAAGUGGCCUGAUGUUAUAGAAAUGAGUAAAAUGAAUAGUGUUUAUUUAAUUGAUAAAUUGUCGGAAAUUUUUGGACGUUUUGGAUUACCAAAUACAAUUAUUCCUGAUAAUGGUCCACAGUUUCGUUCUAGUGAAUUCAUAGAAUUUUGUAAACAAAAUGGAAUUGUAUUUUAUACAUCACCACCUUUUCAUCCUGCUACAAAUGGUGCAGCUGAAAAUGCAGUUAAAUCUUUUAAAAGAGGGAUACACAAACCAUUAAAAGAUAAAAAUAAUAAAAAUGUGACUGCAGUGAUAGAAGAAGUGUUAGGAGGCAGAAAUUAUAUAGUUAGACUUGAAGAUAAAGAAUUAGUAUGGAGAAGGCAUAUAAACCAUAUAAUUAAGUUGGAAGAAUUUAGUACAGAAAAUGAGAAAGACAAAAGAACAGAUGAAUUGGAAAUCAAAAAAGCUAGUGAAGAAGUUGAUGAAAAAGGGAAACAAAAUAUUACAGAUGUUAAUAUUAAUAAUAAAUUAAGUUUACCAGAUAUAAAACCGUUAGGUCAGUUAGAAACAAAGUCACCUAAGCGUUUAGAUUUGUAA